AUGGCCGAUAAAAAGGAAGAAACCCAAGAGAUUGAUUACUCUCUCAACAACCCCGAUACUCUCACCAAAUACAAGAAUGCUGCUACUAUCUCCCAAAAGGUUUUGAAGGAUGUUACUGCCUUGUGUGUGGCUGGCGAGAAAAUUGUGACAAUUUGCCAGAAGGGUGACAAGCUCCUCGAGGAAGAGAUCGCAAAGGUCUACCGAGGAAAGAAGAUGGUCAAGGGUAUUGCCCACCCAACCACUGUUUCUCCUUCAGCUUUCGUAACACCUUAUACCCCUCUUACAACGGACGAAGCCGAAGCAAAUGUUGUUCUCAAAGAAGGCGAAGCUAUCAAGAUUCAACUCGGUGCACAAAUCGAUGGGUUUGGAACAAUUGCCUGUGAUACCAUUGUCAUUCCUUCUGCCGACAACGCAAAUGGAGAGAUCAGUGGAAGAGAUGCAGAUCUGUUGUUGGCGACACACUAUGCAAACGAGCUUCUGUUACGUUUAAUGGUUCCUCCUGGAUUGGUCCCAGCUGGCACAGAGGAGGAGCAAAAGAAGGCAACAACUAUUAAAGCUCCUACUCAAGCUAAGAUUACCAGCUUACUCGAGAAAUUGGUUAAGAGUUACGACUGCAACUUGGUCGAGCACACUACCUCUUGGCAAUUCGAGCGCAAUGAAAUUGAAGGAAAGAAGAAGAUCAUCCUUGCUCCAGGAGAUGGUACAAGAGGUGAUGGUGUCCCAGAAGUUGGCGAGGUUUGGGGUGUCGAGAUGGGUGUUUCUCUUGGUUCUGGAAAGAUUAAGAACUUCGAGAACAGAACCACUCUUCAUCGUCGUACCAACCUUACAUACGCCUUGAAGCGACCAAGUUCCAGAGCGAUUAUGAAUGAGGUUGUGAAGAAGUUUGGUACCUUCCCAUUCAGUUUAAGACAACUGGAAUCCGAGCGAGAUGCUAAGGUCGGUGUUGUUGAGUGUGUACGUGGAAACGUUUUCAGACAAUACGAAGUCGUCGGAGACAAGGACAACGAGGCAGUAGGAAGAUUAUUGACUACAAUUGCAAUUACCAAAAACGGCUUACAAAAGAUUGCCUCGCCACCCGAGCCAGAUCUUAGCAAGUUCAAGACUGAUAAGAAGAUCACCGACGAAGAGAUCCUCAAGAUUUUGGAGCAACCUUUGGCUAAGGAUAAGAAGAAGAAGGCUGCUAAGAAGCCUGCUGCAACAGAGUAA